AUGACAGACUACUUCAGCUUGCAAAGAGCUCUCAGUAGUGGUGAUGCAAGCGGUUCAGAUUCUGCCGUCACCCCAGAAAUUCAUACAGAAUACUUGGAAGGUAUCCCUCCUUUGGAAAAGAUCCCUUCCAACAGUAUGUCAAGAAAAAAUUCAGCUUCUUCCACUUCAAGACGUGGUUCAAGAUCAGGUUCCCAAUCUUUACCUUGGGAACCUUCCGUUCCAAUUCCUUUACAACUAGGUGGCCACAGUGCCAUGAACUCUCCUGGUGUCGUCACCCCAGGUGAAGGCUCGGAUUCAGUCCAUGUUCGUUUUGUCAAAGAGUUCCCUACUGACUUACUUGUUGACAGAUUUGAGAAAUGGCGUAAGAUCUUGAAGAGCUUGAUUGCUUACUUCAGAGAAGUAGCUUACGCUCAAGAACAAUUCGCCAGAAUUAACAACAAGUUGAAAGGAAACGUGAAAUUCCAAUUCUUAACUGAUUUGGAAGAGGGUUCAAACCGUAUUUUUGACCCAUUAACUUCAAAUAUCCCAACUAAGAAGAGUCAACCUUCCACUUUGGCUGAAAAAAAUUCAAAGGUCGCCCAAGCUGAAUUACACGCCCAAUUACAAUCUUCAGGUUCUCAAACUGAUGAUGAAGAUAUGUUGCCAGUUCAUGAUUUGUCCUCCGCUGCAUCUGGUUACAUGAAAUUCGGUUCAGGUUCCGUCCAAGACGUUCAAGUUAUCUUGAAGAAGUACCACUUGUCGUUGGCUUCUCACCAAUUCAAGAUCUCUAAGGAUAUUCUAAACGCCAUCAUCCCUAAGUUGGAAGAAUUACGUAAGGACUUGAGUAUCAAGAUCCGUGAAAUUAAAGAUUUAGGUGGUGAUUUCCACACCAACUUGGGUCAACAUGUUGAAACUACUUCUGUUUUGUACAACAAGUACGUCACCGCUGUCAAGGUAUUGAAUGAUGAAGCUUGUCCAGUCGACCCUUUCCAAACUUCAAAGCCAAAAUGUGACCCUUACUUGUUAAAGUUGCAAUUAGAAUUACAAAUGAAACGUCAAUUGGUAGAAGAAAACUAUUUGAGAGAAGCAUUUGUUAACUUGCAAUCAUCAGGUAUGCAGCUAGAAAAAAUUGUUUACUCUAGAAUUCAAUCAUCUUUGCAACGUUACUCUCAAUUGAUCGAUAGCGAAGCUAGAUCAAUGAUCAAAAACUUAUGUAAUGAACUAUAUCAAGGUCUUAUCUCAAGACCACCUGCUAUCGAAUGGGAUCAUUUUGUUGCUCACCAUCCAACUGCCUUGAUGGAUUGGAGAUCCACUGAGCCAAACCCUCCAACAAGAAAAUUGGCAGAUAUCGUAUACCCAGAAAUGAAAUCAUCUUUAGCUAAAUGUAUUAGAGCUGGUUACCUAAACAAGAGCUCUGAUUUGUCAACAGAAAAGAAUGGUUACUUCGUUUUAACUUCAAAUUUCUUACAUCAAUUCAAGAACGCAGACUUUUUCAAGUUGGGUGCUGGUAAUGCUCAUCACCCUGGUCCAUUGUCAAAGAGAGCAAGUUUGAUUCCAACCUUCAGUUUGAACUUGAACAAAUGUGAAUUGGUGGAAGCUACUGAAGAUAAGUUUGUCCUAAAGGGUAAGCCAUUGUUCAACACAGAUGGUGAAAGACCAAGCAACAACAUCACUCCACCUUCCUCAGCAGGAAGCAAUGGUUCUGCUUCAGAUCCAUCAAAGGAAAGAAGAGGUUCGAAAUUGGGUAAGAUCUUCUCCAACGGUGGCACUACUUCCAAGCCAAUGGCUCCACAAGUUGUCCAACCUCCAGUACAACAAAUUACUAAAGAACAACAAGCUUACUUGUCAAAGGUCAAGUCUACAGGUGGUAAGGGUGAAUUCAUUUUCACAUUUACUUUACCAAGUGGUGACAAUUCUGUUGAAGAUGCCAAACAAUUCAGAAAGUGGGUUCAAGAAAUCAAGCAUUUGGCCUCUUUUUCAAACACUUCUGAAAGAAAGAAAUUUAUCAACGAAAGAAUCCUACACAGAGACCAAACCAAGCUUAAGAAUGGUAAGCCAGAUCUAUCACAAACUACAACUAACAUUGGUCCAACUACUACCAAUUAUAGUGACAUGGAUCCAGUUGCACAAACAAUGAGUUUGGAUAUGGCAGGUACGGCCAAAUCAAAAGCAUUUGCCUCUGCCUUUGAUGAAGGAGGGAACUUAGUCACUAUUGGUGAAAGAAGAGGAAGUGUUGCUUCUAACUAUCUAGACAACACCAUGACUAAAACUGCAUGA